AUGAAGAAAUUUAGUCAGAGAGAUGAGCAUGAGACUGAUAAAACGAAUAGCUCCAAGUCGACGGAGACGAAUAGGAAGAAGAACAUGAAGAGAUUAGGAGGCGGUGGUCUUUCUCUCCAAACUUUUGCUAAUUUGAAAUCGGAAAACGGUCGCUAUAACCCUGCUUUGAUCAAAAAGAAAAAAGAGUUCUACAAGAAUGCAAAGUAUGUGAGCAAGUUUAGGAAGUCGGUGAAACAGCAUAGCUUGUAUGAUAAGAAUGGAACUGGAGAGAGUAGUAAGGAAAAUGGUGAUGGUGAUGAUAAGGAGAAGGUUAAAUCUAACAAGAGAAUUAGUAUGGAAGAGGUGUGCAUGCAGAAACGAGAGGAGAUGGAGAAAGUUAGGAAGGAGAGAGAGGUGACGAUAAAGGCUAAGAAGGAAGCGAAAGAAGAGGCCGAAGCUCGGAGGAAAGUAACAAGAGGGAAUAUGAUGAGAAAGACUCGACAUGGUCAACCUGUAAUGAAAUACAGAAUAGAGCAUCUUCUCGAAUCAAUCAAGAAAUCUGCUGGAAACGAUGGAAGCAGAACCGCAUGA